AUGCCACACUUCACGCCAUGGCAAAUACUAUUAUUGGUGAUCGCACCGUUGGUCUGGGCGAUCACUAUCGACAUCAAAGACCCAGAUUCCUUCAAAACGAGCGCGUCCACCGUGGCUAGCGACAUGAUGACAUACUACGCCGACAGAGACAGCAAGGCGAUCCCAGGCAAAUUCGACGGCACCUGGUGGGAAGGCGGCGCGAUGUUUAUGGGUUUGAUACAAUACUGGCAUUGGACCGGCGACACAACCUGGAACGACCAGGUCAAUGCCGGCAUGGUCUGGCAGGCUGGGUCGGCGGGGGAUUUUUUCACAGCCAACUACAGUGAUACUCUGGGCAAUGACGAUCAAGCGUUUUGGGCACUGGCAGCCUUGACAGCGGCCGAGUUGAACUAUCCCGAAGUCCCCAACGCGCCAUCGUGGCUGACCAUGGCACAAGGAGUAUUUAACGACCAGGUAGGCCGAUGGGACAUGUCAAGUUGCAAGGGCGGAUUGCGCUGGCAAUUAUAUCCGUAUCAAUCAGGGUACAAAAUCAAGAAUGCCAUCUCCAACGGCGGACUGUUCCAGAUCGCGGCACGCCUGGCUCGAUAUACAGGGAACCACACGUACGCCGACUGGGCAGAGAAGAUCUGGGACUGGAGCGCGACGACCCCGUUGCUAAAUACGUCCACAUGGUAUAUUGACGAUACGGUGACAACCCACUCGGACUGCACAGGCCAUGUAGACAUUCAGUGGACGUACAACUAUGGCACGUAUCUGAUGGGCGCUGCGUAUUUGUACAACAUGACGAAUGCCGGCUCCAAAUGGAAAGCCGCGGUGGACGGGCUGCUGGACCGGACCUUUUCGACCUUCUUCCCCAGCAAAUACGGCGGAAAUGUCAUGUCAGAGACGGCCUGCGAAACAUUGCACACAUGCGAUCGCAAUCAGAUUUGCUUCAAGGGCUUCCUGGCAGCAUGGCUGGCGACCACCAGCCAGCUUGUUCCGUACACGCAGGGCGAAAUCAUCCCGAAGCUGCAAUACUCGGCGGUAGCAGCAGGCAAACAAUGCACCGGGCUCCAAGACCAUGAACACUGCGGAGUGCAAUGGUUCAAUUCGACGUGGGAUGGCAGCACAGGCAUUGAGCAGCAGAUGGCCGUCCUUAGCCUCUUCGCCAGCAACCUGGUUGCAUUUGACGAGAGGCAGAGUGGAAGCAACACCGGUAGUGGUAGUAGUGGUAGUAAUGCCAACUACACAUCCCCCGAGCAGCCAGCACCCAUCACCGCGGGGACAGGAGGAAACAGCACAAGCGAUCCCAAUGCAGGCUCGCACAACGCGGGCGUCAGCAACCCCAACGCUGGGCUGUUGAAUAUUGGGACAGCAGACCGCGCCGGCGCCGGGGUUCUCACGGCGGCGUUUGUUAGCACUUGGGUUGGAAUGCUGGUCUGGCUCGCAUACGGGGCAACGAAAGAAUAA